CUAACACGCAAACUCUUUCGAUACGGAAGCAAUUUUUUUUUUUUAAAUUCAAGCAAAAGCUACGUAACUUUUUCACUUAAAUCCAGUACGAAAUGGCUUUUAACGUGACACACCAUAUCGGAGCAUUAGCCAGCACUCCGAUUUUUAUGGAAGGAGGCGCCGUCUCCGGUGAGUCAACUAACGCGGUGAAUGCGUCGGCGGUUUGGAAACCAGUUGCAACAAAUUUAUGUUGUAAAAUUUCAAAACCAGAGAUGAUCGACUCUGUGUCUCCGCCAAUAAGUCCGUGCCGGUCACCGGUACUGGGCAACAUGCGAACAGAUCUCUCAGUGGCGUGCCGCGCAUACGCGACGGAAUCGAUUGCUACGACGGUGCCGGAGACGGAAAGGGACUAUGCUGUGAUGUACAAACAGGGAGGCGGUGCAAAGGAUAAGGCCAAGGGAGUACCGGUGUUCGUGAUGAUGCCGUUGGACAGCGUGACGAUGUCUAACGGCGUGAACAGACGGAAGGCGAUGGACGCUAGUUUGAGGGCGUUAAAGAGCGCGGGAGUUGAAGGAGUUAUGAUGGACGUGUGGUGGGGCCUGGUGGAGAGGGAGCAGCCGGGGCAGUACAAUUGGGGUGGCUACAAUGAGUUGAUGGAAAUGGCUAAACGGCAUGGACUUAAGGUUCAAGCUGUGAUGUCGUUUCAUCAAUGUGGCGGUAACGUCGGUGACUCUGUCACUAUCCCGUUACCCAACUGGGUUAGGGAAGAAAUGGACAAAGAUCCAGACCUGGCAUACACUGACCAGUGGGGAAGAAGGAAUUAUGAAUAUGUUUCACUUGGCUGUGAUACGAUGCCAGCCCUCAAGGGUCGAACCCCUGUUCAGUGUUAUGCUGAUUUCAUGCGUGCCUUCCGAGACAACUUCAAUCGAUAUCUUGGUGACACCAUUGUGGAAAUCCAAGUGGGAAUGGGUCCGGCAGGUGAGCUUCGUUAUCCUUCAUAUCCAGAGUUGAAUGGAACAUGGAAAUUCCCUGGGAUCGGAGCCUUCCAAUGUUAUGACAAGUAUAUGCUCAGUAGCUUAAAAGCAGCGGCUGAAUCUGCAGGUAAGCCAGAAUGGGGUGGUACAGGCCCAACUGAUGCUGGACACUACAACAACUGGCCAGAAGAUACAACUUUUUUCCAAAAAGAAGGUGGUGGUUGGAACAGCGAGUACGGUGAAUUUUUCCUCCGCUGGUACUCACAGAUGCUCAUUGAACAUGGCGAGAGAAUUCUCUUGUCUGCCAAGUCAAUCUUUGAUGAUACGGGUGUAAAGAUUUCGGUGAAGGUUGCAGGAAUCCACUGGCACUAUGGAACCAGGUCACAUGCCCCUGAACUUACAGCAGGAUAUUACAACACACGCUACCGCGAUGGUUACCUCCCUAUUGCCCAAAUGCUGGGACGCCAUGGUGCCAUAUUCAACUUCACUUGCAUCGAAAUGCGUGAUCAUGAGCAACCGCAGGACGCGCUGUGUGCACCAGAGAAGCUUGUGAGGCAAGUGGCUCUGGCAACUCAGGCAGCGCAGGUUCCACUUGCCGGGGAAAAUGCAUUGCCAAGAUAUGACGGAUAUGCUCACCAACAGAUCUUGCAAGCAUCAUCCUUGAAUAUGGAUGGGAACUCAGAAGCAGAUAGACAGAUGUGUGCUUUCACUUACUUAAGGAUGAACCCUGACUUGUUCCAACCGGAUAACUGGAGGCAGUUUGUAGGAUUUGUGAAGAAAAUGAAUGAAGGGAAGAAUGUUGUGAAGUGCCUGGAACAGGUGGAACGGGAAGCUGAGCAUUUUGUGCAUGUGAGCCAGCCUUUCGUCCAGGAGGCUGCCGUAGCUCUAAUGCAUUAACAAGUUAGUUAUAGCUCAUCUUAUUAUGUAAUCGUAUAUGUUUUUUCAUAAGGUCAGAUCACAUCUGGUGUCUAGGCCGCCUCUGCUUUGCUAUAGCUUGUUUUUGUUAUGCUGUGGCUAUAUGAUUGUGCAAAUGUCCGUGUAGUGAAAAAUUGUUAAAUUUAUACCCAUUAAGAUGUAAAAUCUUUUGUUCAGUAAUUUGAAUGAUAAAGAAUUCCAAGUGUAGUAUCAAA